CGAGCAUCAAGCAAAUCGAAAAAGCGUCGGCCGUGUCGGAUGCGAACGUGUUUUCUCCGUUCUCAACCUUCACAGUUUUGGCGGAGAAAACGACAAAAACGUGGCGGCGACAAGUGUGCGAGUGGCUGCGGGAUUCGGACUUUGUGCAUGAUUUCUGCGCGAAACACUUGAAGGAGCUGGUGUUUGACGUUUUGGAAAAUUGGAGCAACCCGAACGUCCUCUCAACGGUGAUUCUCAUCGCGCGAUGCAACUACGAGCACGCUGAUGCGAAAUCGCAAGUGUACCCGGCGGAGGUGUUGCGAACGUGUCGGGGGGUGUGCCAAAACUGGAUCGAGCGCCUUUCCGCAGCAACGGCAAAGUGCGGCAAAAACGACAAGGAAAUGCAAGAAAUUCGGAAAAAAAUCGUGCGCGUCGCGACCAUGGGCACUCUGACGUUUGUUUCGACGGACGAGGUGCCGGGCAAGUGGGUGAAAAGUGGCGUAGUUGCUGCUAUUACGAAGGACAACACUAAAACUAGCAAAGAAACUUCUACACAAGAAAAGCAUGACUCCCAACCUACUGUGUCAAAGAAGGCAAAAGCAAAGGCAAAAAGCAAGGCUGUAUCUGCGUCCGCAAUCGAUUCAGAAACAGCGGGAACUGGAAAAGGGAAGCAAAAGCAAGGUGCAGCAAGCCUUCCGCCCAGAACAGAUACAAACCUUCUUUGCUGCUCGGAAGAAGACGUUCUCUCCUGGCUCUUCUUUCGGUCCAAACUCUCUGACCACUUGGAAGGCCAGGUGCCGGACGAACUAAAAGGCUCGCUUUACCACGCCGAGACCGUCGCGCAGACCGUCUCCCCUGCGGUCCACGAGUUGAUUGCGAAGCGGAAAGGGGAGCUGUUGACGCUGUUUGCCAAAACGUACUGGAGCGAGCUCCCGAAGAAUGUGGAGCUGGAGUGGACAAACUACGAUCCAGCAAGCGACGAAAAGGUCACGGAAAUGCUCCAGGAAAAUUUUCCGCUGCCCUGCUUCCCCGUCCGCGGCGCGCCGGGCUCCUACGCCGACACGCCGGCCGGGAAACUUCCGAGAAUGCACAUGCGCUGCGAACAGGACACAAAUUUGCACAGGUGCAGCACCCCCGCGGAGCUGGUCAAGAACUACGUGAAAAACGACAUCAACUACGAGAUCAAAAAGGGAAACGUGGUGCGCAUCUCGGAGAUCUCCGCCGACAUGCAGUGGGCGCGGGGCUGGAACACCCGGCUGUGGAUGCGGAUCCGGACCGGCGCAAAGGAGCAUUUUCGUUUGGAGGACAAGGACGAGGGCAAGCGCGUGGACAAGCACAAAGCGCGCAUGCUGAAGAAGUCCACCUUUGUAGUCGGCGGGACGACGAACAAAGCUGGCCAACAAAACGCGGCAAAAACGCAGGACAGUGACGACGAGCCCGAAGACGAGGGAGCGGUAGACGCGGAGGUUUUGGAGAAGUCCUGUUUCAAAUUCAACACGACCUCGAUCAUCGUGAAGAAGCCAGAUGCUGCUGCUGCUGCUGCGAAGAAAGGCGGGAACUACAAGGCAGCGCCAGGUGCAGGUGCGAAGAAGCAAGUGCGGAAGAAGAACGCGAAAAAGAACAACGACAAGCAGGUGGACAAGGUCGGUACGAUCAUUCGUAUCCUGAAGCGCAACCACGCGAACUGGGCCUCUCCACCAGUUUUUGACGUGGCGCAAAAACAGUUCUACGCGCUGUCCCCCUGGUAUCACGCGAAAUUUGUGGUGGACGACGGCGACGCGGAGGACGAUGAGUACUUGGACCCGGAGGACCUCCUCGAAAUUACCGAGGCCGCGGCCGGGAGUACUGCUGCAGGGAUCCUUGCGGCAUCGACCGAGGACGACAGCUCGGCGGAGGAUCGGAAACUGCUCGCGAAAAUCCAAGAUGAGAAGCUGUUUGGCGAACAAGCAGCUGCAGUUUCCCUCGAUUCCCUGCAGAAGAAAACCGUCCGUCGCUACUGUCAUUUACAAGUGAACAUCCUCUCCGGGGAAUUCCUGGUAAACGGGAAGCCGUGCCAACGCCUCCCGCGGUCGAUCUACGACCACCCGAUUUAUGAGCGCUUGUUCGGCACAGCGAUGUUCGCAGUGCAGCCGACCAAAGACGGCCUGGGGUACAAGACCACCGUCCCAGUCAACGGCGCGAACUUCUACUUUCGACCCCCGAUUUCCGCGGGAAACAGCCAGGACGCGCGGAGGGACGACGACGAUUCAGACAGCGACUACGACUCUUUUGACGAUUCUUCGUAUUAUUCCGGCAGUUUCAGCGACAGCACGCCACGCGGCGGCGGGUACAGAAAUUACGGUGAAUACACGGACAGUUCCGAGGAGGAGAGGAUGCAACGAGCCUACCUCCGAAAACGAGGCCGGGGCGACGGCAUGUCGGAUUCCGAUUCAUCGGGGGACAGUGAGGAAAAAUCCUCCAGUGAAGACGAAAUCUCCUCGGAAGAGGACCAGCUGGCGGUCCAGCAGAAGUGGGACGCGCUGAAGAUUCACCGCGUGCAGUACCGGCGGUACCCCUGGCAGGACGAGGAAAAGGGGUUCAGUUGCUACUUCAAGCCCUUCAUGCAAACGCCGCUGAUCAUCGAAGAGCGGGACGGGGUGCGCGCGAAGUUGAUCCCGCACAAGGUGUUCUACCGGAAUAUCGAAAAGAACAAAGUGGCCGAGCCGAAGAAGGAGAUGGACGUGCCAUUCAAGCUGAUCGACGACUUAUCAAAGAAAAAAAGUUCGUCACGAUCACUCAUGCGCAUUUUUGCAAUACAAAAGUGUUUGUCAUGCAUAAAAAUGCAUCACAGCCCAACUUCAUUAGGGAUUUCCCUAGUGUUUCUGCAGUACAAGGAAAAUUUGUGAUGCUAAGAAAAUUUGUAAUGCAAAGCCUGCAAGUUAGUGACUGUGACAAACUUUUUUCUCUCCAUACGACUACAGCCACUGGUGCGUGAUCUCGAAGACCACGACCUUGCGCGGUUCCCCGGCGACGUCGUCGGCCUUACCGAGGUCCGCUCUGAACACACCCGUCGCUGCGGCAGCGAGCAGCCGCCUAAUGCCUUCCGCGAUCCAGCCACCGUUGCCGAAAAUAAGCUCACAACAGGGUACUAGUUCGUUCGCACCAACGUUGCCGACGAUUGGAAGUCAGUUCGCUCUCGCAGAGCACGAAACUGCUAGCGUUGAUCUGGCUUUGUUGAACGCGAAGUCGACGCCGGCGGCGCUGUUCAAAACCAAGUCGACGCCAGGCACACCAAGUGCGUUGACCGCGACAAGCGGACAAGCAAAAUUUUUGAGGAAAAACAGCGACGACGGAGCGUAUCAAAUGUAAAAAUGUCUGGGUCUGCUGGAAGAAUGCAAGUUUGUCAUGCUUGUCUGGCAUGACUCGGGAAUCUGUGUUGCACAGGCACUAAAAAGCCCUCUUACCUGUCAUGCAAAAACGCAGUUUGCCAUGCGGAAUACGUAAGACAUGGCAGCCAAAAAAAUUGUCAUGCAUAGCUGCGUAUUGCAGUGCGUCUAUCAUUCAUUUUUAGCAUUACAAGUUUCCAGACCCAGACAUUUUUGCACUUGAUAGGCUCGACAGUCGGCGUUCGCGGUUUGUUCGGAACAAAGCGGCGACGGCGCCGGUUGACGGGCAGGUGUUUGGCGUCGCGGUCGCGAAGACAGCGCCGAAAAGUCUGAUUCGAUAUGCAUUGCAAAUAUGUCUGGGUCUGGAAGGAUGCAACUUGUGAUGCUGGAUUUGGAUUCUACAAUAAAUCUGUAUUGCAUGAACAGCAAAAGCGGUCCAGUUUUUCUUUUUGCCACGGUGAGAUGGCAUUUCUGACACGGUAUAGGCAUCAGGAAGCCCUCAUAGAAUCUGUGAUGCUACGGCAUGCAUCACAGACAACGGGAGUCAUGCAAAAUGUGCAUGACUUCCAGACCCAGACAUUUUUGCAUUUGAUAUUCGAGCGAAGGAGGCAUUUUCCGGCGGGGUGGUUGUGGACGAAGUAGAGGAGUUUAGCGAAAUAGAGGAACAAGUCGAAGAAGGUCCAAAUGCACCAGUAGACCAAGACACCUCUGGACAACUACCUGACACCCCGGAGCCUCGGCUCUCCCGUGCUUCGUCGAAAGACGGCUCGAAACACCACCGGUCUUUGAUGAUCAAGAAGACGGCGAAGUUUUUCUUCCGCCCGAAGACUUACGAUCACCGAGACUUUGCAAAGGGCUGCUUGAAUUCCGCCGCGUUUGUCCUGGAUUGGCACAGCCGGAAAGUCACGGACUUGCGAAGCGGGUGCGCCUUGGUGGACAUUUGUUCGGGAAGUUUCGCGGAAAUUUACCGGAACGGCGGCUUCAAGCGACUGUCGCCCUGGCCCUACGUGCACCUGUGGGCGGAACCCUCCGCGGACGAGUUGCAGGUUCAAUUGGAAGAGCUCGCGUUGAACGAAAGCAUCCCGUCGUUCAUUUCCUCUACUUCCGUAGCGCUCUCCUCCGCGCGAGCCGGGUCCGACGGACAAGGGAAACAGCAGCAAGCCGGUGUACUAUUGAAUACAGGCGGAGUAGUUCCUGCGACAAGUUCUGGUGAUAUGGAAGCGGCCGCACGAAGUCUGCGUGCGGAGCUGAGAGAGUCCGCGAGAAAUAAGGACGGCGGCGGGAUAGAAGUGCAACGGGAGGAUCAGCAGGAACUAAAUGACUCCGCUUCUUCUGCGGAUGGAACGGACACCAACGAACAGCCACUGAGCAAACUUACCUCCGUAUCACGAGAAAAAAGUGUUAGAGUUACACAUUGCGUUGCAAGCCCAGCAUGACAGUCCACCUCUGUCAUGCCAGAAAUGCUUCCGAGCUUCAUUUCAUACGUUUUUUACCUUAUGGUCUGCGCAUUGCAAGUUUUUCCUCUCAUGCAGAGCAAAUUUGUGUUGCUGAAGUUACAACACAUGUGUAACUGUAACACUUUUUUCUUGUGAUACUCCGCGAUUUCUGUCGCGUCCGUCUUCGAAUCUGCAGCGAAAAGCAUCGGGGUUUUCGUGCAACUCCCUCGACUGCAGAACAUCCGAUUUGAUGUCGUAUUGAGCAGCAAAUCGAAGGUCGGCGGCGUGCAAUUCCAUUCCCGCGAGUUCGCUGGGUGGAAGGUCGCGACGGCCAACCAGAAUCUCGGGACGCUGUGCACCUUGAAGCACGGCUUGCUGCUCGACGCGGUGGACGCCGAAUCGCAGCGGAGAGAGAUUCUGCUCAUGCCCCACGGACCGCUGAAAGACGCGCCGGCGUAUCGGCCGCCGGCGAGUUUAGCUGAGUCGUUGCGGAAGGAAGAGCAGACCGCGUGGAGCAAGGACCGAUCGAAACGGUUCGAAAAAAUGCUGUCCUUUGUGAAAGAGCGAAGUCAGAAGCUAAACCCCCCGCCGAAGAAGGGGAAGCCAGGGAAAGGGAAGGGUGCCUCAUCUAGUUCGGGUAGCGAGGAGGAAGAAGACGCUGGAGCGGAGAAAAAUACAGACUUGGCUGAUGAAGACACCAAGGGUCCCUCGGGAGGAGAGGAAAAGAAAGAAAAGAAAGAGAAGAAGAGCAGUACUCCUGCGCGCGGCACUGAGGAGGCAGAGGAAGGCGCGCGUGUUUCCGAAUUGCGAGAAAGCGAACUGGCGAAGCUGCAAGACGGCGAUGAACGUGGAAGCGAAGGCAAAAAGUCUGGCCGCAAGCAGAAGAAAAAGAAGAAAAAAGUGAAGUUGACCGAAACCGAGUGGUUGGAACUGCAGAGAGUGAAAAAGAGAGCCCGCGAGGAGCAGGAAUUCCUGCUGGCCGAAGCGGCCGUGCACGAGUUCGCCGGGGCUUGGUGCUCCCCGGCCGGGGUUGAGGUGGACCUGGAAAAUCUGCGCCAGCCGCCGCUGUUUCGCUACACCGUCAAGCGAGAGCUGCAAACGCUGCAUGCGCAGAAGGAGCGUGUUGCAUGGCUCUUUCUCGCGCACCUGCACGCGCGGACGAGCGGCCUGUAUGCGGACCCCUUCCUCGGCCGCACGGGGACGGGGAUGGCGCUGGACCUGCUUCGCUGCGGCCAGGUGCGGGGAAAUCUGUUACCCGUGCUAGAUGCGAAGAAAAUCGACCACGACGCACUGGACUUGGAAGCAGCGACGCUUUUGGAGCUCGGGCGGAUCAGUGUCCGGCGAAGGCUCGAGACGCAGCCGAACGACAAAAUCAGCAUGGGGUUCCUCCCGUUGCAGCACGAGGAGUCCGAAGUCGCGACCGCGGUCCGCUGUCUGCCCGCUCUUGCGCGGCCCCCGAGCUUCGGGUUUUUGGCCUCUUUGCGCCUCCGGGAGAUGGGCGACCAGUUGGAGUCCGUGGGGAGAGGAAACCAGUUUUUCGCAAACCCGGAGAGGCUGCGCGAGAAACACCACUUUGCGGAUAACGCAAAUUACAAUGAUUUUGUCAACACGAAGACCAUCAUACUCACCCCCGCGACCUACGACCCGGACCGGUAUGCCAACGUGAUCCAGCGGGAGCACGGGGACGAAGAGGGAGAAGACCGGACGCUGAUUGGCGGUCUGCUCGGCGAGCGGAUCGGGCAACUCCCCUACCGCAACUACCGUCGUGUGGAGGCUUUGCUUCCGGAGGACGUGCGACUGACGAACGAAGAGAAGGAUGACGCUUUUUUUGUCUGGCGCAACCAGCAGCCCAGCACGCUGGUGUUUUGCCCCGAGGGGCAGCAGCUGCAAAGCUUUUCCAUUCCGUCCAACGACGACGACGCCGAGGAAAUGAAGUGCGCAAGGUGUGAAACGAACGUGCGCGAAGGGCACGACGAGUACUGGAAAGCGCGCAUUCAGGCGUGGGUGGAGCGGAAAAAGCAGUCGAAACUCGCGCGCAAGCUCGCCGCCGCGGCGCGGAGUGGAAAGAAGGAGUUGGCGGGAAGGAAAAAGUCGAAGGGGCGACACUACACGCGCGAGCGGCGGCGAAACCGCGUGACCAGAAGUUGGGUUUACGAGGCAACGGGGGUGGAGUCUCGGCACUUUGUUAACAGCAGCGACGACGAAGACAUGAUUUCCUCCAGCGACGAAGAGAACGAAAAGAACGCGCGGGCGCAGAUCCCGUUCUUUAUCUCCUUGAUGCACUGCAAGGUGUGCGAGAAGGCGAACGAUGUGGGCUAUUACGUCUGCCGAAAGUGCUACGAGGCGGAGCACGCUGCUAACGUGGCGAAAGGGGAGGACCCGGAUAUCUACCGCGUGCCGAAAGGUGGGUGGCACCAUCGACACGAGCUCCUGGCGUUGAAGGAAGCAGGGUUAGUGUGUCAGCCCUGCUUCACGAAGAAGCCACGCGAGGGCCGCCGGAUGGUCGCGCUGCGAAGUGCAGAGAGUAGUAUAAAACCAGUUACGGGCGCCGGUAAAAAUAGCAAUGGAGCGGUAGUUGAUACAGCUAGUACAAAAAGCGGAUCGUCGUCUGGGACAACGUCGGUGUCGGAGACCAGAAUCAUUGCUGAAGAGCUGGAGACGAUGCAGACCGGAACGAGUAGUAGCUCGAUCGUAAUGACGCUGGAGAACUCGACGCAAGCGAAAAUGCAGUACGAGCUAUUGGACGCGACGCGGAAAGUGUUGUCCAACAUGUCUGCGCCGCCCAACCCGUUCGGGUUCGGCGGUGGCUUCGGGUUCGGGGGUUUCGGCGACCGCAGCAAAAUCGGCGGGCCUGCAAAUAUUAAGGGCAAAGGGAAAAAGGGACAAGGUAAAUCUGCGUCGUCAAAUGAUCAGAAAAAAGGGAAGAAGAAAAAGAAGGACAAGGCGAACCCGUACGGCAUCGAGAACUUCCAGUUUGAGGAGGACAUCGAUCCCACUGUGAACGCCAUGCAAGAGGCGAACGACGAGGCCCGCCGGAAGGAGGAGCAGGCGCACGGGUUUCUGCUCCAGCUCCAGCGGCACAACGUCGCUACCUUCCCUGGGGGAAGCUGCGACUUUCUCCUGGCGCAUUUGAGGGGAAAGUACCAGCAGCACGGUGCGUCCGGGGUGUGCUCGUCGGUGAAAAAUUUGUUCUUCUCCAGCGCGAUCUCCGGGAAGCUGACUGGCGUCGAUAACUUUUUGGCCGGAGGGCUCGGGCUCCUGUUUGGCAAGGAGUGCAUUCCGCCAAGGAGUGCCGAUAAGAAUCCUCUUUCUGGACGUGAUUCUCUCGUCCCACCGGGCGAGGACCCUUGUCCUUCUGAUUUGUUCGGCGGCUGGGUGUCGGCGCUCGCCGUGACUUACAAUGAGGAGGGAGCUAUGGUGGAUCUUCCCCUGUACGACAUCUGGCUGAACAUGUACGAAUUGGCGCGAGUCCACUGCUGUCCGCGGUCCCGCUGGGCGGAAUGGUACCACCACCACGAGUCCCAAGCCGGGUUUGGCUAUCUAAUCACCUACCUGGCCGCCUUGCAAUCCAUCCCGAUGAAGAAAGCGAGGAACAACGUUAACGCAACGGGCGACGAGGUGAUUUCGAAAGCGGCUCCGGCCGCCGUGCAGAUGUGCGCGACGGACUACUUGAUGCAGUUGCUGGUCGUGGCACAGAACAGUUCUUUCUUCUCCGAUUUGGAAGCGCCGGAGAUCCCGCGGUACCACGCGCCGGGCGACGGCGCGGCGGAGUUCCACGACGGGCCAGUGCUGCAGACGAUUGUAAACUUCGUCGACGACAUCCGCGUGUGGCGUCCGCCACGGGUGGAUUUAGUGAAUUCCUCCGCCGACCAGCUGAAAACCACCUUCCAGGCGAUGCACACGGGCGCGGCCUCGAAUCUGUUCGGCAACUGGAACGAUUUGAACACCGUUGGGGCGGAAAUCUCCUGCCCCUCAAACCGCACGAAAUUGAAGGACGAGAAAUUUAUGAGUAUCAACUUCACCGGGCGUCGAAAAUCCUCCGGUGCUCCUUCCACGCUCACACCUUUCUUGGCGCUCCCGCCGGGGCGCUUUGGUCCGCACGCCAGCGACGACGUGGCGCGGGAGGGGAUGCGGGCGAUUUUAGGGUCUAUCGAUGGGCAGAACCGGCAGAGCAAGGCCCACACGGUGUUCAGCAAAUCGGACCAGUACCUGACCGACCGCGGGAUGACGCUAAACGCGCUGCUAUCCUGAGUAAAAACGUAUCCACACCAGAGUUGUAAUGCAAAUCUGCAUGCUGAAAUUGUUUCUCAUGCGGAGCCCCAUGAGAAGCAUUUUCCAAUCGUGUUUUGCAAUUUGUCAUGCUCCAAUCAGCAUGAUAUACUAGGUCUGUGAUGCUGCUGAGCUAGCUCAAACAGCACUACGCUACGAGUCCAAAUCUGUCAUGCAAGACAGCCAAAACUUGUGGAUUUGUCUAGCCAAUCCCCCAUCUUGACUAUGGGGUGGGUACGUUUUUACAUAGGAUAGCUACUUGGCUACGCAAAGGAAUGCUGGGACAACGAAAAGAGCUUGCGACCGGACAUGUGUGGAAAGCACGUGUACGGUAACAUCAUCCCCAAACACAACCACCGGGUGCUGUGUCAAGCGAUAAACUCCGUCUUCUUCACGUGGCGGCAAAACCAGAAGCUGCACGACUUCAUCAAGGCCUUCACCGAGCGGAUGGCGCAGUUUCUCGGGGUGCAGAAGGGCAAUAGCAAGGACAUGCUGGCCUGGGCAUCGAAAGAUAAACCAGAUGACUUUUCCAGGGCGAAUGGCGGAUCUAGUACAACUUCGAAAGCAGACGACGAUGGCAUCAGACGAAAAGUCUACGUGUCUGGGUCGGAGGCGUGUUAUGUGGAGGGCUAUGGUGCGGAAAAGGCGGUAACGGAACAGCAGCUUGUUGCAUCAUUGUCUGGCACUACGGUAGAAGAGGAACAGCCUGUGCCAGAGAAUCUAGAUUUGUGGACAAGAGGCGGCUUUCCGGGCGCGAUCGGCAUCGACAGCGCGCUGUCGCACUUCAACGAGUAUGAGAAGAACUGGCGCGAACGCUUCGAAUUGCAGGACCGAUUCAAGUUAAAGCUCGACGAAGCGGCUGCAAACUCCGUCGAGAAGUUCGCCGAAAACAAUCAAAAACAAGUACAAGGUGCUAACGUUUUGACAGAAGAGCUACCUUUAACCCUGCCCCAAGACGAGUCCUACGCGGAAAUUUCGGGUAUGCUGAUGAACCAGUUGCAGAGCUCGUGGGCCAUGACAUUUUCCUCUUCGAAAGCAACGUCCUCAAUACCACUGAAGCUGUACAAAGACGUGCACUUCCGCCACGUCUUGCGAUUACAAUUACUCGCUUACCAAGAGAAGGCGAAGGAAACGGUAGAUCAGCUGUGGCUGAAGCUCCGGUCUCACGCCGCUUCCGGAACAGAAAACAAAAUCGGUCUCCUCCCUGCCGCUCGCAUGGACGCUGAUAACACACCGUACAAAGUCUUGACCAGGUUCUUUCGCCAGCAAAUCACACGGAUAACGUCAACUGGCGCGGCAGCAAGAGCUACAACUACUCCAGAGCAACAUGCUGUUGAAAAUAACGAACAAUUCAACACCGUUUUCAGUAAGCUCGCCGGGUCGUUUGCAAUCGCGUUGCGGCAUUUGCAGCGCGCUCGACGGUGUCUGGAGUUCUUUUUCCAGGAGGAGAAGGGAGAGCUGCUGUUGAAAGCGGAAUUGGAAAACGGACCGGACAAUGCGGGUUGGAACGCAAAGGACUACCCGGAAUUCCUCGCGUACGAAAUCGACGCGGACAUUAGCAUCUGGGAAUCGCAAGCGGAGGUUGCGCUGGCGAUUCUGUCGGAAGCGGAGGGGAAUCGGCUGCUGCAGCUCAUCAUGGGCGGCGGGAAGACGGCGGUGAUCGCUCCUUUGGUGCUGUGCGCCGCGGCGCGUGGGGAGAAGCUGGUGCGGGCAACGGUAUUGUCCUCUUUGUACGCGACGAACUCCGCAGAUUGGCAGUGGAAGAUCGGGGGCUUGUUGAACCGCCAAGUUUUCCCGAUGAUCUGUACGCGGGACAUGCCGCUGGACGAAAAAAGGGCGAACAAAAUGGUGAACCGCUUGCGCGAGAUCCGGGCGCACGGACACGUGAUCGUGACCGUGCCGGAACACAGGUUGAGCUUGGAGAACAAAGCGAUCGAACUGGCGACGCCGUCGGUGGCAAAUGUUGCGGAAGAGGAGGACGAGGAGAAUGGAAAACCCUCUCGUCCUCCUGUAGGGAAGAAUACAACAAAUAAAGGGCCCAAUAAGAGUAAAGACGGCAAUAGUAGUAAAACUUCCGUCCCCGACCCGCUGAAGGUCGCGGCGUCCGCGAAGCUGCACGAGGCGCUCGCGUUCACGCAGAAGUACGGCCGGGACGUGCUGGAUGAGAGCGACGAGAUCCUGAGUCCGAAGUACCAGUUGAUCUACACCAUCGGCGACCGGCGCGACAUGGACGGUGGGCAGCUGCGGUGGACGGCGCUGGCCGCGGCCAUGCGGUCGGUGGCCAACCACGCGUUCAAGUGGCGCGAGAAGUACGGCAGCGAGGCGGUCGAGGUGAACACGGACGAGACGCUGUUCUUCCCGGGGUUUCGGCUCCUGGAGUCGGAGAAAGCCACGGACGUGUUUGAAGACAUCCGGAGCCAGGUCGUGCAGGACAUUCUGCACGACCAGAAAGACCUGAUCUUCCAGCGGAUCCGCCCGCAAUUGCUGCCGGUCGAACGUAAGAUUUGGCGGUCGGCGGUGCUGGAACGGUAGUUACUUAUGUAUGAAUGUUUCGUUUAGUACUAGCUAGUUUGAGUUGGUGGCUCAGUGGGUGAUGGCUUCGUGUCGUGCUGUAGGUUUUCGUUGACUAAGCCUGAACUACUUACGUUUUGUGCCAUCAUGCUGUGCGUGAAGCUUCGAAAGACCCUUCUGUUAGUUCUGUCGUUACAAACAGCGGAAGGUAAAAUUAGGAAUCUUUGUUGCAUGCAUGCGUGGAGUUACGCGACUUCUACCUUGCGGAUCCUUCAUGCGCACUCUGAAGUUUUUUGUGCCUCGUGAGCAAUCUGUUUCCGCUUACAUGCUGCGAUUUGUAUGUGCUGUGUUUCCUCUACCGCAUUUCCGCUUCACUGUUGAUACUGGCAUUGGUCUUAAAGGCCAGUUUAAGUACUCAAUCAAUUUUCAGCGGUCCGACCCGCGGCGCCGCGAUCAUGCCGACCGCAGCAGGGAAGCGCGGCGACCUCUGGCCAUGGGAGCAGUUGAACGAAACCAUGCGUGCGCUCGCUCUGGUUCUCCGCGGUAUCCUCUCCCACGAGGUGCUCCAAGUGGUCUUGCAGAAACGGUGGCGGGUCGACUUCGGCGCGCACCCGGGGCGGGAAAACUACCAGAUGGCCGUGCCGUUCCGGGCCAAAGAUGUGGCCAGCGACCGCACGGAGUUUGGACAUCCCGAUAUCGCCGUUUUGCUGACCAUCAGCCACUACUACCAAUCCGGACUGAACCAAUCGCAGCUCCGCGACGUCUUCCACACGCUCGAGCAGCGCAUCACGGAGUCCGAGGCCAAAGCGCUGUAUCGGGAGUGGGCGGAGAGCUGUCCGGCGCGGGAAAAGUAUCUCCAGCGCGGGCUGAUGAAGCUGGAAGCCGUGAACCUUGCAGACGUCGAGAUGUUCGAGCAAAACUUGUUUCCGGCGUUCGCAAAGCACAUGGACGUCAUCAAUUUCUGGCUCUUCAAAAUGAUUCUACCGAAGCAGGCGAAGCAGUUCCCGCAGAAAGUGGUCGCGACGCCCUGGGAUCUGUCCCGAGCGCCCGAAAAGAUAACAAUGCAGGAGGACAAUGUUGCGGGCGAGAAGAAAGAGUCGGCCAAAGCAGGAACGUCGUCGAGCAACGAUGUUCGCCCACCCGGGUUCAUCAAUCGGGCAGUGACCACCGGGUUUUCCGGCACGGACGACCUGCAACACGUUCUGCCGCUGACGAUCAAGCAGAAGAACCUCCCGAGUUUGGAAAUGACGAACGGAAUCCAGUUGCGGAACCUGCUCCGCCCGGAGAACGACUACUACCACUGGCUGCGCGAAGACAACACCGCAGUGGAGAUCCUUGACAUUCUGCAGAGCAGCGCGGUCUCCGCCCGGGAAGCGGGUUUGCCAGAAGAAAAAAUCAAUGUGGUUCUCGACCCCGGAGCGAUGGUGCUGCAGUUGUCGAAUCUCGAAUUCUCGAAGGAGUGGCUGAAGCGGCGGCCAGACAUGGAAGCGUGCGUCUUCUUCGACGAGAAGAACACCAUCCGGGUGAUUGAUCGCGAUCAUCUGGACGAAGACCCGGUAAGUUUCGCUCUGUCCCCCUACGCCGAGGACAUGCGGAAGUGCCUGCUCUACUUGGACGACGUGCACACGCGCGGUUCGGACUUCCGGCUCCCGUUGUACACGCGCGCCCUGUUGACCCUCGGGCGAGGGAUGACCAAGGACAAGUUUUUGCAGGCCUGCAUGCGCAUGCGGCAGAUCGGGAAGGGGCAGAAGAUUUGCUUCGUCGCGAGCAAGGAGGUCCACCGUGCGCUGCAGCGCCACGAGGCGGCGACCGAGAGGGAAGCAGGUGGGGCGAUGGGGAGCACGGGCGGAAAACUGGAUAGUGCAGCAGGGAAGAAGUACUACCCGCUCGCGACGCAGGUGUUCCUCGAUGACCUUCCAGAUACCGCUUGGCCAACCCUUCUGCGGCUGAAGAAAACUGUUUCUGGCGCUUCGAGCGGCGGCAAGAGCCCAUCAAGUAGCAGUGCGGGAGCCCGACCUCCUAGAGUCGCCGGCGCUCCUGCAACUUCGUCGGUGGUGUUGACGGAGUUGCAGUAUGUCUCCACGAUCAUCAGCUGGACGCUGGUGAACACGCGAAAGCGGAUUUGCGAUCUCAUUCCGUACUUCUCGGCGCAAGGGCGGCAAAACAUCAACAAGGAAGAAACGUACCGGAUGUUUUACUCUGACUUGCACGGAGCGAAUUCAGUUUCAGUCGACGCAGACAAGGAAGAUCAAGACUCGGCGACCGCAGCCACUUCUUCUACCAGCAAAGAACAACAGAUUAGCGAAAAUAAACAAACAGAAAAACAAGCAAAGGAUAAAAGCAAGGACCACCAGCCCUCGUCGACGCAUCCGGAGAAGAUCGACCUUUUGCAAGUGGCCCAACAGUGUGUCGAGGACGAAGUUUUGGAUUUGGGCGAGAUGUACGGUCACGCCAGGCAGUUAGCCUCACUGCCCACAGUCGUGUCCGAGCAACUGAAAACGCUCACUUUCAAACUGCGAAAGCUGAAACUCGCCGUGGCACGCAAAGCAAUUGCGGAGGAGGAGGAGCGGAAAAAGAAAGCGGAAAAGGAGGCUAGUCAGGAAACCACCAACGAAAGUGGCGAGGAGGCGGAGGUGGACAGUGAGGGCACUUCUAGCGAAAAAUCCGCACCGCAAGGAGAACGUGACAAUGAGAACGAUGAGAAUCAGAAUAAAAACAAGGACGCAGCAAGUGCAGACGUUGUCAAAGAGGAACUUUCGAAGGAAGAAAAGCCCGCUGGGACAACUACUGCCCCCACCGCGGGUACUGAAACCACCAACAAGGGUGAGAAGAACAAACUCGAUAAAAAGGUGGAAAGCAAAGCCAAACCCGCCGAGCCCACUGAAGAGGAGAAAGCCGCCGCGCUCUUGGAGAUGGAGACGAACAUGGUAAAGCGGAUAGAUACAGAGAUUGCGAACAUGUCGAUGCUGAAACGAAUCGAGGCGCACGUCGCUACCAUUGCGCCCAACGUCGAGCGAUUCGGCAGUCUUUUCGACGAGGAGCAGGAACGGGAACUGGAACAGGAGCUGGAGGAAGAACGACAGGUAGAAAGACCCGGCCCCGCAACCGCGCAGCGGGCGCAACUCUCCGACGCGCUCACGAAAUUUGUCAAGACCGACGGGGAAGUCACGGGAGGCUUACUGACGCUGGGAGAGGCACUUCGCGACGCGCCGGCGUACUACAAGGCGAUCGCGGGCCAAUUCGAGAAUUUGGCCCUCGCCGAAGAGUACCAGGGCGCCGACGGAUAUGGAUGUGUCAGGAUCGAAAUCGACAAAAUCGAAAAAUUUGCGAUGCGUAAAAUGUAGAGAACUGAAGGCCUGUAUUGGGGAGCAGGCAUAUGAGGCCGAUUGUAAGCCUGUUUAGGGGUAUGCAAUGUGCUGCUAGAGUAGCAUGGCAGGAGCAGUCUUCUUUGCCCAAACAGCAUGACAGACUGGAUUUGGGUGCUCCCGAAAUUUGUCAUGCGCCGCUUGGAUACUGAGGCCUCAACUGGCAUCGAUUUUGUGCAUCGCAAAUUUUUCGAUUUUGCGAAUUUCGAUUCUGACAUUUCCAUAACGGAGAACGGCUGCCGGAAGAAAUUUUAAGGAGCAUCGCGGUGGAGAAUGUGUACGUGACCGAAGAUUUCGUUCGCACGAUCCGCGGGAAACACAACGCGGACGCGCACUUGAAACACCCCGGGUGGCUGUUCGUCUCCGACUUGCAGAAAGGGCAACAGAACAACGCAAAUACAAAAGCAGGCUCCUCUUCCGCUGACGCAAGUCUGUUGAGUAAGGUGUUUCUCUUGAUCAGCAAUUUUGAGGCAGAGCGCUGCGCUUGCCUCGUCAGUUCGCAAAUCAAUUUUCCGAGCAUAGAUGACCACAAGUUGGAUGACGGGACGGAAAUCGUCGACGCAUACAACCGAAAAGAGAACCCGGAAGACGGCAGCGGGCGCGAGUUUAACCGCCUGCGAUUCUGCCCGCGGUUGUACCAAUUUGCCGCGAUUGUCAGGCUACACCAGCCGGAGCCGUUUCUUCGACGCACUUCCUACGAGCUUCACGCCCCCGUCGCGCUGCACGUGUUCGCAGGCUCGAUACACGCGGAUCGGGUGUUGUUGGGGAAGGUACUACUUGUUGGUUUCCUCAUUUCUUUUCAGAUUUUUCGUCUUACUUCUUUCUAUACCGAAAUAGUGUCAUGCAAAUCAUGAACAUGAUGAUGACCCUUCCCCUUGACCUUGUUCCACUUCGACUUCCUGCAGGUGAAAAACUACCUCGCUCUCGUUCCGCGGCCUAACGAGGAGGAAGACGGUGCCGAAAUCGUCGCUCUGUGGGAUCUAUGGAUUGUAAAAAUGUCUGGGUCUGGAAGAAUGCAACUUGUGAUGCUGCGUCUGGAUUCCAAAAAAAUCUGUAUUGCAUGAGUACCAAAGGGAAUGCAAUUUUUGCUACGCUGAGAAGGCAUUUGUCAUGCGAAAUAGGCAUCAAGAAGCCCUCAAAAAAUCUGUAUUGCUAGGGUAUGGAUCACAGACAUCAUGGCUCAUGCAAAGCGUGCAUGACAAGUGUCAGAAUCUUGCAGACCCAGACACUUUUACAUUUGAUAGGAUCUAAUGUUUGAAGAAGAAAACUUGAUCGAGCGCGACGGCUUCGUGCGACCGGCGCACCGCCUGGCCGUGUCAAAGCGAUUGACCAGUUUGGUACUGUCAUCCGCAUCUGCAGCAUCUGCAGUUCCCAAAGCCAGCGGACCUAGUAGUACAACUGGGUCUCAGACCACAAGUGCUACUAGCUUUUCUUCGAAGCGGCCCGACAUGGACAACAUUCUGAAAAUCUGUCUCUCUCCGUUCUCGGGUUCGAGUCCGGUGCGGUUUCUGAAGAGUUUUUACAACAACGCUCGCCAUCUGGACGACGAGCUGGCGAUGAGCUCCAUUGGGCGAUUGCUGGGUGCCGCGGAGCUCGGGGGGCAGGCCAGCAACGAAGAUAUUCUCAUGCUGGAAGGCCAGGGCGAAACCGUGGAGGAGCAGAAGGGGGAAUAAUGUUUCAAGUGAACGUACAACUCGAAUAAAUGUGUACACAAUGAGUAUGGAAUAUGAAUGUAUUGCGCUUUGCGCAGCAAUUAAUCCUGUAGUUGCAUGGAACUUUUUGCAAGAGGGAGUCUAUCUUCUUUUCCACUGAAUACUUUACUUUUCGAUUUUGAUGCAGGUCUUUGACCUCAGCAACGGGCAAUGCCAACUUUUAGUUUUCCAAUCAACAUCUUGAUUCCAUGCACAGGCAGAAUGUGCACGAAAACAGGACCACAUGAAAGAGGAUUACAGUCUCAACCAGAAAUAAACCUCGCAUCUGUAUCUACGCACAUUUUUCAUGUUUACCUAAGCACGGAAGUAAAGCGUGAGUCAGAGUUUUGACCAGGGAUGUGGUGAGUUGUCGUUCCUGUCAGGGAGCAGGGACACUCACUCACCUGUGUUCUUAUUUGUUAUCCUAGUCCCGCCCGACUGAAGGGUGUAUGUUGGUUUUUUUUUUGUCUCGAUACAACAGCGAGCGUUCCAAGCGAAGAUUGCGUCUGCUUGCGUUGACACGCGUUGUUUUUUGUUUCAUCUUCCACUACAACAAAAAUUUGCUAAGAC